AUGAUUGACAUAAACCUGAUCAGAGAUGAUAGUACACGAUGCAAGGUGAUAGAAAGUGAGAAGAAACGGUUUAGAGAUGGAAGGGCAGUUGACGAGGCGCAUGAACUUGAUAGGAAAAGAAUAAGGAUGAACUUUGAGCUUGAUGAGAUAAACAAGAAAGUGAAUAAACUUAAUCGGGAGAUCAAGCAGCACUUCAAGGAUGGCGGGAAAAAAGAAGAUAGUGAGGUAUGUAGCCGUGUGGAGGAGUCUGAGAGACUGUGUAAUGAAGCUGAUGAUCUGAAGGAGCAAGUGAAGGGGGUCGAGAUGAACUUGGCAAGGGUGAUGAAAGGAAUAGGAAAUUUGGUGUUUGAUGAGGUUUUUGUUAGCAAUGAUGAAGAGAACAAUAUGGUGGUUGGGUCUUACAGGAGUGAAAGGCGACUUGAGCAGAAUCCUGAGCCUUUUUCUGUGCUUAUGAAGGAUUAUACUUAUGCAGCGGCUGGAGCAAAGGUGGUUGGACACCGUGGAUAUUAUUUGUCUGGUGCGAUGGCAAAGUUAGCGCAAGCGCUUGGAAGAUAUGCGAUUGACUUUCUUGAGAAACAUGGAUAUGUGUAUAUACAGACGCCUGUGAUGCUGAGAAGAGACGUUAUGGCAAGGACGUCGCAGCUAAGUGAUUUUGACGAUCAGCUGUAUAAGGUUGAGGAUGACAUGUACUUAAUAGCAACGUCUGAGCAAUCGCUAUCUGCGCUGUAUAUGGAGGAAAGAAUUGUUCCUCAGGAUCUUCCGAAAAAGUUUUGUGGACAAUCUCUUUGCUUCAGAAAAGAGGCAGGUGCACAUGGAAAGGACAAUGCAGGAUUAUUCCGAGUUCAUCAGUUUGAGAAGAUUGAGCAGUUUAUUGUGUGUGGGCCUGAAGAGUCUGAAAAGCAUCAUAAAGAUAUGAUGAGGAUAUGCGAAGAGUUUUACCAAUCACUUGAUAUAAGCUACAAUGUAGUGAGUAUUGUAUCAGGUGCGCUUAAUGAUGCAGCAGCAGUCAAGUAUGAUCUCGAAGCGUUUUUCCCAUGCUCUGGUAAGUACCGGGAGUUGGUUUCAUGCUCUAAUUGCACAGAUUAUCAAUCACGUGAGCUUGACAUAAGGUAUGGGAUUGGAAAGGACAACAAGCGUAAGGUGUACGUGCAUUUGCUGAAUGGAACGAUGUGUGCUAUUCAGAGGACACUUUGCUGCAUUGUAGAGAACUACCAGUGUGCAGAGGGAGUAAUGAUUCCGAAGGUUCUACAAGGAUAUUUUGGAGGCAGUAUUAUCAGCAACACACCAAAUAAAUGA